AUGGAGGACCAGAGGAGGCGGCGCGGAAACCGCGGCCCGCCGGCGGUUGCUCCUCGCCUGGAUGGGGAAGAGGGGAGGCGGAGGCGGAGGCAAAGGCUCUUCUUGAGGCGGAGGCGGAGGCGGCGGCGGCGGCAGCUUCUCCCAGCAGCACGGGAGAACGCGUUCGCCCGGGGAGCAGGCGCAACGCCUUGCAUCUAUUUAUCAAUUGAAGAGCGGGUGUCAAGGUUCUGGCAUGAAAAGUCAACUCUCGAGGUAGGAAGAUUUGUCACUGUGACAUUAACUGAGCAGUCUUCCUUGCCAUCUGCAGAUGGCCAAGUUCGACUUGAAAAGCUUUUGGAGACUGAACCUGAGGACUUCUCUGUCAACUGGGAGAACUCUAUAGGUCCAGCAGGACGGAAGGGCCUUUCAGCUCCAGGAAAGUUUGUAAAACAUCAAGAAUCCAGUGGAAAUAAAUCUUCCGAGAAACAGGUCUCCUUUGCAGAGCGUCCUGUAUCUUUUGUCAAGUCUGGCACCAUGGCGGAUUCCCUUACGGAGGCAAUAGCUGUUGACUCAAGUGGUGGUGAUAACUCAUGUGUUAAAGCUGCUGAAACUAGGCUCCUUCGAGGUGCACACCAAGGGUUUGGUUCAAAGAUGAUGGCCAAAAUGGGAUUCAUCGAGGGCACUGGCCUUGGCAAAGAUGGCCAAGGUAUAGUGCAGCCAAUACAAGCCAUCCAUCGUCCCAAAUCUCUUGGACUCGGUGUACAAUUCGACAGUGAGGCUGAGGCGAUUAAAGCAAGGACAGAACCCAUUAAAUCAAUAUUAGAGCCAGGCAAAGUGAGGACAGAGCUGAGGCGGAAUGUGUGGGCACCAGAGACUAGUGGCGUUUGCUCCUUCGAGAGACACACCAAGGGUUUUGGAUCCAAAAUGAUGGUGAAAAUGGGGUUUGUCCCAGGGUCUGGGCUGGGGAAGGAUGGGCAGGGCAUUGCCACCCCCUUGACCGCAGCUCAUGCUAUCAUGCUUGAGCAAGAGCACUACCUUGGCCACUUCAAGGACCAUCCUAAAGAUGCAGAGUUUCUUAACUGCCCUAUUAGGUUCUACACUGAGAUGGAGGCUAUCUUUGCUAAUGCCAUGGCCACAGGCAAGUUUGCACUUGGGUCUGCUGCUGGCCCAAAGAGGAAGAGAGGGAACUUCUCUGAGGAGGAGAUGCUAAUGUUGACUAACAUGUCAGAUGCUGUGAACAAUGUGGCCAAUGCUCUUAGGGAGACUGGACCUGCCCAUGUUGAUGCCAAUCUGUACCUUGCUGUGAUGGAGAUGCCUGGCUUCAGUGAGGAGGCACUUAUUGUUGCCUACACCUUCCUCCUGGACAACAUGGCCCAAGGCAGGGGCUUUGUGAACAUGAGUAAUGCCCACAGGGCCCUUUGGCUUAGGACCUUCCUGGCCAAAAACUACUAUGUGUAG